GCCAGCCAGGCACCCCCUCAGUUUUGUUUUCUAUGUCUUUUUGUUUUCUCAUUCUUGCUUUUCCCUCUCUUUUAUUUUUUCUUCCAUUCUGGCUCCUCCUGAGCUCUUCUGUCCAGAUACUGGCUGUCUCUGCCCUGGGUGUCUUAUCUUUUCUCUACGCUGUGCGUGUCCUGUUCCCUCCUGGACGGAAGCCUAGCCACAGACUUGGGUGGGCUACACAGCGCCACCUAGAGGCCAUGCCGUGAACCUACACUCUGAUCCGCCCAGAAGCCCUUGGACCCCACACUAUCCGGAACCACUCCUCAGACUUCACGCUCUGCAGCCCCCAUCUCCCCAUGACUCACCUACUGACCAGUGACUGCUGCCACUCAUGUUCGUUCUCACUGGUUGGUGUCCGCUCACCCAGCUCACUGGGCAGGAGCAGGCUAGGCUGUUCCGUCUGCACCAACUUCAUGACCCAGCUGCUUUCCUGCCAGGCUGGGAAAGAGGCAUUAUGAGGUCAAAGAAUACUGGGGAGAGGCCACCCUGAUGGACACAGACCGAUUUGCUCUCCCUCGUUUGUCUCAGGCAGGCCACAGAUGUUUAUCUGAGCAGGGUCUCUGUUGAUGACUAGGAUCACCCCCCAGGUCCAUGUGGCUGCCUCUCAGCCCUGGGAUCUGAAGGGAAUUGGAAUCACUGGUGUCCAAGAUUUGGGCCCGAAAACUCCUCCCUGUCUCUUGGCUUCUGUGUGGCCCCAGAAGAUAUGCCUCAUCCAACUUCAAGGCUGCAGACCUGCAGCUGGAAAUGACGCGGGAGCCUCAUCAGAAGCCUGACCCCAGCAAGCCCCUGGUGUUUGGGAAGACGUUCACUGACCACAUGCUGAUGGUGGAAUGGAAGGAGGAGAAGGGCUGGGGCCAGCCCCGUAUCCAGCCCUUCCAGAACCUCACGCUGCACCCCGCCUGCUCCGGCCUCCACUACUCAAUGCAGCUCUUUGAGGGCAUGAAGGCGUUCAAAGGCAGCGACCAGCGCGUGCGCCUCUUCCGACCCUGGCUCAACAUGGACCGGAUGCUGCGCUCAGCCCUGCGCCUCUGCCUGCCGAGUUUUGACAAGGUCGAGUUGCUCGAGUGUAUCCGCCAGCUGGUGGAAGUGGACAAGGACUGGGUCCCUGAGGGCAACAACAGCAGCCUCUACGUCCGGCCUGUGCUCAUCGGGAAUGAGCCCUCACUAGGCGUCUCCCGUUCCUCGCAAGCGCUCCUGUUUGUCAUUCUCUGCCCCGUGGGUGCGUACUUCCCCGGAGAUGCCGUGGACCCCGUCUCCCUCCUGGCCGACCCAGCCUUCAUCCGGGCCUGGAUGGGCGGGGUCGGUGACUACAAGCUGGGGGGGAAUUACGGGCCCACGGUGUUGGUGCAGCAGGAGGCGAAAAAGAGGGGCUGUGAGCAGGUGCUCUGGCUCUAUGGGCCUGACCAGCAGCUCACCGAGGUGGGCACCAUGAACAUCUUCAUCUACUGGACCCACGAGGACGGGGUGCUGGAACUGGUGACCCCCUCACUGGACGGUGUCAUCCUGCCUGGAGUGGUCAGACAGAGCCUGCUGGACCUGGCCCGGACCUGGGGUGAGUUCCGGGUAGCGGAGCGGAAGAUCACCAUGGAGGAGUUGUUGCGGGCGCUGCAGGAGGGGCGCGUCCGGGAAGUCUUUGGCUCAGGCACUGCUUGCCAGGUCUGCCCUGUGCACCAAAUCCUGUACCAAGGCAAGCACUUGCACAUUCCCACCAUGGAAAACGGGCCUGAGCUUAUCCUCCGCUUCCUGAAGGAGCUGAAGGCGAUCCAGUACGGAGCGGGACCUCACGAGUGGAUGCUCCCGGUGUGACGCUAAAGACUCGGCCCUACCUCUCCUCGGACCCACCCACCCACGGCAUCUAGUCCUCGCCGGACCCUCGCCUCCCUACCUUUGACUCACCUGAAGUGCAAUAUGAAAUAAAAGGCCGGGGGCUGCCGGGACGCCUGGGUCUCUGGCGCCCGCACGUGGUCUCUACACUCCCAAAGCCAUAAGGGCCGGACCCAGGCGUCCGGGCCCCCAGCCCCGCCUCUCAGACCUUGGGGGAUCUGGGCUCCCCGCUGCUCCGUGUUGUGGGGUCAAAGAUACACGUUGGCCCCGACUCUGCAUCUCUCCGUUCUCAGGCCGGAUCUCCCCGUGCUGCUGUUGAUUUUUUUUUUUUUUUUUCCUCCCUGCAAUUUUGAAAUAAAUGCCAAAGAACAAGCCAUUAGCUGUCAUCUCCAAUGAUCCAGCUCAGGGACUCUAGGGUCUUCUCCAGGAAUCCCUGUCCUGGGCCCUUUUCAUUCUCGAAGACCCAGCACUCCGAGCCCCCAGUGACCUGGCGUUUUCUCUGACGUGGGAGAUUUUUCCACCUCAUCAUACACUGAGUUUGGCCUCUUGCCCCCACCAACCCACGCCUCCUCUACUUCCCCAUCUUUGGGACAGCCCCACUGUACAUCCAGUCACUAAGCCAGAUCCCUCGGCACUGUAACCCCUUUUCCCCCCAAAGCCCAUCAGACUCAAGCCCUGUCCUCCUGUCCCCAGCUCUGCCCUGUCUGUCUCCUCUGUGUCCUCCUCUCAGCCCUGCUUCAGCUCAGUUCUUGUCUUCUCCUGCCUGGACCCUUGCCCUGCCUAGCCCGCUGUCUGCAUCCAGUCUGGCCCCCAAAGGGUCUUUGUACCCCCAGAGCUGCCUCUACUCACUCUCUUCCAAGGGCUUCCCAGCACCCAUGGCCAAUACUGCCGACAGUGGGCCCUGGUGGGCGGGGAGCAAGGCAAGAUGCUCUACCCUUGGAGGGGGUGAACGUCAGAAGUCUAUAAAACCUAGUCCCGGUUCCCUCCCUGUGUCAUGCCUUGUGUCCCAAUCUUGGACACAAUCUUCCACACACAUACUUCAAUAGUUGUUAUGUGUAGGUAUGGAGAGAGCUGACAUUAAGACCAGGCUGAUGUAAGAAAAUGUCGGGGUCCAGAGCUGACGACCAAGGAAGAAUUCUUGAGACAUCUUUGGUGCAAAAAGCUGAUUUUUUUUUUUUUUAAGAAUUUUUAAAACUUUAGUCCAGUUCAAAUCAGUGGGCCAGGUUCACUCCAGCUCCUUCACUGCCAAACCUGGAGGCAGGGACUGCUUCGGUUUCUCUGCCUUCUCCUUGUCCGUGAUGACCAGGGUGUAAACGUAUCUGCUGCACCGAACUUUAAACUUCACAUUAUCCUUAUUUUUCUUGAUCUUGGCGGAUUUGGCGUCCUUUCGCCUGGCCGUGAGCAAAAAGCCCUUGAUUUCCUCGAUUUUUGAGGCAUGGCUACGGGCGGCGCAGGGGGGCGCGAGGCCGGCACAUCCAGCGGCAAGAAAGGAGGAUGGAAAAACUGAUUUUAUUACAGCCCAGGGACAGGACCUGUGGGCAGAAGGAGCCGCAUGGGGGUCCUGAGGAGUGGCCCAUUAUGUACUUUAAAGUUGGGAGGAGGUUGGGGAUAGCGUUAAGUCUCUAAGGAAUUUUCAGAAACAAGGUUUCCAGGACCUUGAGGGGGCUAGCUGUUGUUAGGAAAAGGUCAUUUAUUGCUGUCUAAUAAAACCUCAGUCAUGAGACCCUUCAGAUGUGUAUCAGUGGGUCACAUGCUUGGGGGAUGAGUGCCAACAUACAUCUCGGGGGAGGGGCAGGUAGAGAUAAGGGAAGUUUCCAAAGACAUUUUUAUAUGUUAAAGUAGACUCACAGGAU